GAGGCGGAAGUGGAGGUGUUUACCUCUCCUCCGAGGGCACGACAGACGGGCGAGGGUUCAGGUCGAGGCUGCUCGGUUUGGUCCAGCCUUUGACCACCCCCUCGGGCUCCGCCAUGGAUUCCUGGGUCCGUUUCAGCGCCCAAAGCCAAGCCAAGGAGCGGGUCUUCAGAGCUGCCCAAUAUGCCUGCACCCUACUAGGCUAUGCCCUGCAGAAGAAUGGAGCUGGGCCUGAUUUCCUUGCUAGGAUCAAGCAGCUGGAAGCUCACCUGAGCUUGGGACGCAAGCUAUUCCGACUGGGGAACUCUGCAGAUGCUCUGGAGGCAGCCAAAAGAGCCAUCCACCUGUCAGAUAUUGUCCUUCGUUUCUGCAUCACAGUGAGCCAUUUAAACCGAGCCAUGUACUUUGCCUGCGACAACAUCUUGUGGGCGGGGAAAUCGGGCCUCGUUCCACACAUGGACCAUGAGAAGUGGAGUCAGCGGUCAUUCAGAUAUUACCUCUUCGCGCUGAUUAUGAACUUGAGCCGGGACGCCUACGAAAUCCGGCUCCUGAUGGAGCGCGAGACCAGCGCCAAGUCUCAGAAAGGAAGCUGCCCGAAUGGCCGGUCCAGCCAGGGGGAAGACCAUCGCUUCCAGCAGCUGGCCCUGAAACUCAAGCUACAGCUCGCUCUCCUGGCGCAGGUGCUCAGGGACAACCCUCCCCUCCUCUUGGAUGUGAUGAAAAACGCCUGUGACAUUUUCAUUCCCUUGGACAAGCUGGGCCUCUUCAAGAGCAGCUCCGGAUUUGUGGGGCUCUGCGGCCUGACCUCGUCCAUCCUUUCUAUCCUCGCUAUCCUCCACCCGUGGCUGAAGCUGAAACCUUGAUCGGUGCCGAGAGGGCCGGCUAAACUGAGCUGCUUCCUCUCCUAAAUUUUCCCCGUUCCGGAAACUAGCAACGUGGUGGACUCAGCCAGCUUGGGAAGCAGGAGUUCCUCUGAGUUUGGAAGAAAGGACGGGGUGGGGUUGGGGGGGGACCCUUCUUUUGGCACUCUUUUAAGUUGAGCCCUGCAAAUGGACAAGCAACUCUGGGAAUGGGCCUUGUGGGGAGCCGUUAGUAUUUGGGGUUAUCGGGCCAGGGGUAACUGGAGUAACAGUCUCGUCGUGUCGUUCUAUUUAUUUAGGUAGAAACAAAUGAAAACUAUACUAGCUGUCUUGUGUAGGUGAACGGAGAGAGCUCCCUGACAGAUACGACAAAGUUACGUUGCAAAAAUCCGUUCGUUCCCCCUGUUCAGUUCGGUUUUGUUUUUUUUAAUAGUUGGGAGUUUGAAGACGUGAACAAUAUUUGGUCACUAAACUGACUCACAUUUAUUAAUAGGGAUAUAUAUGACUUUACAGGACAAUGUUGGGAUCUAUCGCACUAUUUACUCACGUUGAAUUAUUUGCCUUCCUCAAAAAAAAGAAAAA